AAAGGAAUUAAUAUUACGAUGGAUGUUAAAAAUAUCAUAUAUGAUUAUGUUCGUGAAUCCAUGAUUACUCAUGCACCUGUAGAUGCCUAUUAUAUUGGUUCAUCUCUAAAUCCAAUGAGCAUUUUACCCGAUUUUUAAAUGGGUCGAUUGGAUUUGUGUUUAGAAAAAGCUAACUCAAUCCGAUCUAUUACCAUCCCUCCCAUGAACCGAACUAUAUGAGCUUGCAUCGAAACGACCGUUUUUUAGGCGGAUCGACUUUAUUCUGGUCAGGUCGAUACUAUGUGAGCUUGCAUCGAAACGACAUUUUUAGGAGAAACAACUUUAUUCUAGACGGGUUUUGGGCCGGGUUCGGGUUUAAACUCGUUCACUAUUUAUCGGAUUGGGUUUGGUUUGGUUUUAGACAUACCCGCCCCAUGGAUACCCGCCCACAACCAUAUAAUUAAUUUUGCAGGUAUAUUUAGUAUUCUAAGCAACUAAUCUUCUUUUCGUUUGUGGAGACAUAUCUAAUUUUUUCUUUCUAAUCGUGUAGAAUGAAAUUGAUAUUAUCGAGUGGAGAGUGAAGAAGCUUAAUUGAUAAGAAGAAAGAAGUUUUCAACUAAUCAUGUUGUUUAUGGAUAAUUUGUGAUUUGCUUCAAUUUUCUUGAGUUUUCUAGAUUGGUGUUGAACAAUUUGUAUGGUUAAUUUGUGAUUUGUUUAAAUUUUUUAGAAUAAUGUCUUAUAUAAGGAUAAUUUGUAUAGAGAUAUUGAUAUUUGAUUUUUAUUUUGGUAGGAAUUUAUUAAUUUAAAUUUUUUACGACAAACACUCGUGGGUAUCCAUAAACUCGCGGAUACCCAACGGGUUGGGUUGGGUUUGAGUUUUCCAAACACAAUGAAUUUUAUCCCGAUUUUUUUUUUUAACGGAUAAAUACAUGAGUUUGGAUUUGGAUUUGGGUUUGGCCCAAUUCCCAUCCAUACUCUGCAGUGCACAGCGUUCAUCGACUGAAAAGUGAAAACCACAAAACCCUACACCCAGGAAACCAGCAGGAGGAGAUCGAAGUCAAGCUUCUCCUCGCCGGUCACUCAAUCCUCGGCUGCCCACCUCCAUUCUUUCAUAGCAGGUAACUCCUUUGUCUUUGGCAGAAACUUGCGUGUAUCGUUAUGAUUGUUCUUCCUUUUGGUUUAGCGUCAUUUCUCUAGAUCAAUUUGGGUAGAUUGGGUUUGCUGAUUUCUCGGUGAUGAUUGACAAAUAAAAGAUGACGAGUUCGAUCAGUAAUCCCAUUCUCUUCAAAAACCCAUGACGACGAAUCGAACAUUUGUCCGAGAGAAUUCCAAUUCCCCUCCAAAGUUUUGACCUUUAUCUCAAUUUUGGCAAAACCUCAAUUAUUUGAUUUCUCCAUUGUCGCGAGGAAUGACGUGGGCGGUAUAGAUGAAUUAACUCCUAGUUUUAUACCCUCAAUUUGAUGAUGUCUUUAAUUUUUACUUGGGAUUCAUUUAGUAAGUCUCAGGUCUCUACUUUUGGAAUGCAGUGUUGAACUUGCAGAAAGGACCAAGUUCAUUAAGCUUACUACCAGUAGCCAUGGGGACUGAAGAGUCUAAGGAUCCAUUGAAAGGAGUGGAUUGGAAAGCGAUAGGCACGGAGCUUCAAAACGACCCAAGUGCUGGAACAAAACAAGCUGUAAAGAAGCGGCUUCCCAAAAAGAUUAGGCAAAUUCCCGAGAGCUAUUUCCUUCCUAGAAUGUCUUGGCCCUCGGCGAUCGGCUUCUAUGGAGCAUGCAUUGUUGGUGGGGUUGGUGCUGGCAUGCUGGUGGAGAUGUGGAUAAACAAGAAAGUCAAAGAGGAUGGAGGAGUGAUAUGGGAGUUUGAUAAAUAGACACAGGAUGGUGGAAUAGCAGUUGCAGGGAGGUGCAUGAAAAGGAAUGUUAACUCUCCAUUAACAGACUAACUGGAAGACGCUUCUUGGAUUAUUGGUUCUUCUUCAAGACUGUCUUUAACUCUUUAUGCACACACCUCUCGAAGACGAAUUUUCCAUUCUUAGCAUGGAUGACUCGCCCUCAGUAUUUGCAUACGAGGUUUUGUUUCAAACCCUUCAUCUUCUUGUAUCUGUGAAGCGUAAUAGCAGAUACAUGUGUUUGAGUUGCAUUAAGAAUUAGCUUUCUUCCUUGGAAGACGAGGUUAGAAGUGUUGAGACUUUAGAGAAACUGAGUUGCAAUGUGGUGUUUAAGGGGGGAAAAUAUAAGUCUUUGAUCAAAGUUUGAAGCAAACUAUGAUAGAUGUUGAAGGUUUUAGAGGGGUGUCUUUCUGUGUUUGCGAUCGGCUGGUCUUCUGCACCAAUUCAGGCAGGGGCUCAAUUUCAACCCAUCAUACUCCGUAAAAUUGGUAAGAUGGAAUUCGAGCAUCGAUCGCUGCAAGUGACCUGGUGUAACCUGUGAUCUGGUGGGUGGCAUUGGUCGGUCGUGUUAUCGGUCGCGAUUUCUGAGUUGGGCAGCCAAUCGAAGCUGAUCAGGCUAAACCUUUCCAGCAACAAUAUCAAUGGGGUGGUACCUCAUGGAUUUUGGAAUCAACUACACUAGAAAAUCUCUAUCUCUCACACAUCAACCUUGUUGGUCUACAAAUGCCGCCAUCUCUUCCACCAUAUUUUCAGUGGACCAGUCAUCAGUUCCAGCUGAAAUUAGCAAUUACAUUCCUCUGCCUUCUCAAUAUCGAACAAUCAACUCAGAGGAGCUAUCCUGGCGAGUAUUUGCAGUGCUUAUCGAUUACUUACAUCAAAUCUUCGAUUUGUCAAACAACAAUUUGAAUGGCACAAUUCCAGGUUGUUUGAUGGGAGAGCAUCGAGACACUUUCUCUAUUAAAUCUAAGGGGCUCAUUGAAGUAAAAAAAAAAAAAAAGAAUUCAGAGAACACAAAUAUCAAAUGUUUAUAACACAAAUACAAUAGUUUUAUGAAAGAGGAAUUAAAUACUACCUAAAUCGUAAGAUAUCGAGUUGUAUUGCAAUUUGUCUCACAUCUAAUUUAAUAUGGUCAACAUCCAUGUACAUUAUUGUCGAACACCGAGGAUCAUCAUAUUCUCACUACACAAAUACAAUAUUCUCACAACACAAAUACCAUAUGCUCAUAACCAGAUACAAUAUUCUCAUAAGACAAAUUUUCACAUUGCACAAAUAUCAUUUUCUUAUAACACAAAUACAAUAUUUGUAUGAAAGAUUAAUUAACACGCAUUCUAUUUGUCCCACAUCUAUUCUAACAGUGAUGGCAGAUAUGAGUUCGCACCAUACUAAUUCAUCCAGGAAGGUGUUAUGCUAAAGGCCGUUAUUCAAGCUAUCCCAUCCUACAUCAUGUAUCUGUUCCAUUUCCCGGUGAAUCUUACCAAGAAAAUGAAUUCUCUCCUCACCAAUUUUUUCUGGUUGGGGUCUAUGCAGAAAAGUAGCUUGCACUGGUGUAGAAAAGAGGUUCUCACUGCUCCGAAAUCUGAAGGGGGGUUGGGAUUCCGGAGCUUUAAAGAUUUCAACAUGACACUUUUGGCAAAACAGGCUUGGCGCCUUCUUUCUUCUCCCGAUUCCCUUUGGAGCCGCCUUCUUAAGGGACUCUAUUUCCCACGAUGAGACUUCAUGAACGCAAAGAAGGGAAGUAGAUCCUCGUGGAUCUGGGCAAGUUUUUGGGAGGCCAAAAAAGUAUUGAAUUUGGGGGCGACUAAGGUCAUUGGCUCGGGAAAGGAUACUUGGGUGGGACAAGACCCAUGGAUUCCCAAUCUUAAGAAUUUCACAAUUAAAAGUGGGCCCCAACAGCGGAUAAAGGUCAAAGAAUGGAUUGAUCAAGACAAUAGAGUUUGGAACUCGGACUCUAUUCGAGGCCACGUAGCUAAUGAGGAAUUUGAUGCCAUUUUGAGAGUUCUGAUUGGGGAAGAAGGAGCCGAUGAUUUUUGAGCUUGGAAUCUUACUAAAGAAGGAAUGUUCUCGGUUAAGACGGCAUACCACUCUUUUUACAAAGCAAACACAAACUUCCAACCGAUGGGAACAAUGGACAAAUGGAAAUGGAUGUGGGGCUUGAACCUUCCACCUAAGCUCAAGUUCUUCAUCUGGAGGUGCUCCAGGAAUGGUUGGCAACUAAAGCGAGGCUUUUUCAUCGGAAAUGUGCCCCAAACCCGAAUUGUCAAGUUGCAAUAACUCAAACGAGUCCAUUUUGCAUUGCCUUUUCUACUGCCCUCAUGCCAGUGGAGUUUGGAGCAAUAUCUUCCCUACUCUCCCUCUCCCUCCCCAGGUUCUUCGUUCUUUGAUUGGAUUUGUGCUAUUAAGGAGGUCAUUUCACAAGAAUCCUUUAUCCAUAUCGUUUUCCUUUGCUAGAAUAUAUAGAAGGCAAGGAAUGAAUGUACGUUCAAGAAUAGAGUUCCUUGGCCCCCUAAUGUCGGUCUGCAAACUUACAGAGAACUCUCUGAAUGGAUGUCUUGCCCGAGGCCUAAUCCCCCCACUCCUGCCUCUUCGACUCAGCUUAGGGGAACCCAUUCCACUACGACUCCCCACCAAGUAAUCAUCCUAUGGAGAUUCACUGUGAUGGGUCGUUCAUUAGCGACUCCCAGCCGGCGGCUUAUGGUGUUGUUGCGGUUAACCACCAUGGACAAGUGUGUGAUGGGCGAGCUGAGACUCUUCUUUGUUCCACCCCGAUUGAAGCGGAAGCAAAGGCUCUCUUAGAAGGUUUAAAAUUAGCACAAGAAUAUAGAUCAUAAUGCAUUGUCCAAUCUGACUGUCAGGUGCUGGUGAAAACAUUGGGUAAAGAAAAAUCAGGAUGGCCAUGGCGCUGCGCAGCAUGGAUUGGUUCGAUGAUCAAUAUCCUCAGGACAAAUCCUGUCAUUAAAGUCAAAGAGGUGCCACGAGCAUUGAAUGUCAGAGCGGAUUGGGUUGCAAGAUCAAAAGCGAGAUCCAAUCUGCCUGAGGACUGGAUUAAUAUUCUUGAUCUAUUUUUUGAUCUUCUUUAAAAUUGUAAUUUGCCUACGUUGUUCGAAGGUGGAAUAAAAGUUGGAUUAAUUG